GGUUCCUUAUUUGAAGAUCCCACCCCUUGUUUUCCACUUAUCUCGCAGUUUUCCCACCCUGCCGACCACAUAAAAGACGACUGAUGACUUGGAGGUUGCUUCAGACGGCAACCAUGAAUCAAACAGCUCAUCUGCUGCUGCUGCUGCUGCUCCCUGCGUGUUUGGUCUGCUCUCGGCUCCCCAAGGCCUUAUGGCAGUUUGGGAACAUGAUCCAGUGCGCCCAGCCCGGCACCAACCCUCUGGCCUACAACGACUACGGCUGCUGGUGCGGCUUCGGCGGCGGCGGAACACCUCUAGAUGAACUGGACAUGUGCUGUCAAGUUCACGAUCAGUGCUAUGCAGCGAGCAGAAGGGUUCCUGGAUGCACGGCUCUUGAGGACCUUCCUUAUAUUAUUGUUUAUGAUUUUACCUGCUCAAACCAGGAGGUCACCUGCUCAGCGACCAACAAUAAGUGCCAGGCUGCCGUGUGCGAGUGCGAUCGCAUAGCGGCUCACUGCUUCGCUCAGAAAACGUACAACCCCGCCAACAAGAACGUGGACAAAGACGUCCGAUGUGUCAACUGAGCUGUGAAGGAAAUCAAAAGAAAAAAACACGCAGGAGAACGUUGGACUGAAACGGGGAACUGAGACUGAACUUAUCAACAUCUCUGUGCCCAUGUGUUUGCUCACGUAUGGAAAGCUUAUGUAACACAGGCUGCAGCUGCGCUCAACUCUAGAAAGUCCAACUUUUGAAGUCACAGAAAUUCUGAGUAAUUGUUUUUGUUUUGUUUUUUUAAUAAAUUAAAGUAUUAUCUGGUUAAAUAAUCACUA